GGUUCGUUCACACUCGCUACACAAGCACAAUUUACACAGAAAAAUACUUUAGCAAAUCUCUCACAGAAACAGGAAUCAUGGGAGGUAACCAGAAUAAAAAGUUAAAGUGUUGUCUGGCGGUGGUGGUCAUCAUCUCCGUCAUCGCGGCCGUCGCGGUCGGUGCUGUCGUCUGGAAACUGACCAAAGACGCCUACGCUAGCUCGACUGGAACCAAAGCUCUGGCAUCAGGCAAUGGGAGCGUUGAUGGUCAGGUGGAAUCCACUACGUCAUCGACUCAACAACCCACCAGAAGAACUUACACAGCCGAGGAAAUUAAGGAAAAGCCUUGGCUGUCUACCAGACUACCGCGUGACGUCAUCCCGGUUCAUUAUGACGUCACGCUCUUUCCAAAUUUUUACGACGGGUUCGGAGAAUUUUCUGGAAAUUCUACCAUAGAGGUGAACGUGACGUCACCAACCCGCUACAUCCUCCUGCACGUGCACACGACCUACAUGAACGUGACCGGAACCCACGUGACAGACAACACGACGGGAGAUGAGAUUGACGUCAUCAGGACCUUCUACCACACGCCGCACGAGUUCUUCGUCAUACAGGUCGGACGUGACGUCAUGGGCUUUGUCAAGCUGACCUUGCAGUUUCAAGGCACCCUCAAUAAAACCCUCGUGGGCUUUUACAAAAGUAGUUAUCUCAAUACGCUGAAUGGUCAAACCAGGAACUUGGCGGCCUCGAAGUUCGAACCCACGUACGCCCGCCGAGCCUUCCCGUGUUUUGACGAGCCCAACAUCAAGGCCGAGUUUACCAUCACCCUCAUCCACAGACCAGAGUACAUCGCCUUGUCCAACAUGCCCCAGGUUGGAAACGAAUCAGUCAAAGAGUUUAAUCUCAAUGCUAAAGUUCGACACAGAUACAAAGAUAGUCCUUGA